AUGCUCUCAAAUGGAUGGAGAUCGAGAACGCAUCUGAGCCCAAGAGACAGUCCUACCCAGAGACGCAGCAGUUCACCUAUUUUCUUGAACACACACGAGAGUCGAGCCGGGCUAGAGACACGGUAUCACGAUCAGAACGCCUUCUGGCUGGAUCUCAAUCGUGCCAAGCUUGAAUUCAUUGGGAUAAUGCUCCAGCAUCUAGGAUAUUUUGACGUGAACCGCCCGGACCGCAUUAUCUUCUUCUACGAAUGGCCCCUCGUGAAGACAAACGAUGACAUUGAAAUUACCGUCAGAUGCUCACACCUGAAUCUGCCUAAGGGAUCUCUGCUCAUGAAACUCAGUGGCCCCAACAAAAGUAAAGGCCUAAAGCGUGACAAUGCUGAAACCCGAUACUAUGUUGACCUCGAGGCCGCGCGGCAAGAUGCAUCCAGCCCAACGACGAUUCAGAAUUUUCGAUACAUUGCCAAAAACCUCAGGGAGCUCGAAUUCUUCAAUGACCCAGCGACUGAGGAACAGCCCUAA